GAGAAAGACGAACUUGAGUGGACCAUCCUCCAUGUUGCAUGCUUCUAUGGGAAUACCGAGUUGGUUGAAUUCAUUCUGCAGCAAGCAGGCUCGAGAAUUCUAUCUGAGAAGGUAGCCGGUGGAGGGACCGCCCUUCAUAUUGCUUGUGAGAACGACAACGUGGACGUGGUCAGUCGGAUCCUUGCAGAAGGAGGCGAAAGUCUUCUCUUUGAAGGAGACGAGAUGGUUCAGACGGCUUUGCACGUCGCAUCACGAGUUGGUAACUGUGAAAUAGCCGAGUACCUGUUAACGCGUGGUGGCAAGAAGCUCCUCAUGCUUCAGGAUGCGAAGGACCGUACCGCCAUGCACUACGCUGCAGCAGGAGGGCACGAGCAACUUUGUCGAAGCUUCAUAGAGUGCGGAGGAAGGGGCAUCUUGGACAUGAGGGACUACAAGGGUCGCACUUGCCUGCAUGUAGCUGCACAG